AAACAAACCACAAUCGCGGGAUGUAUCAUGUGAUAACAAAACUUUAACGGUUGAAUAUUGACUAUCCAUACCUUUUUCCUGAAAUAAAUUAUUAUUAAAUGAUCAGUAUGCUGGAAUCUACGGUUGAAGAACCUGAAAAUCUGCCUACCUAUCAGAAAGGUUUUCACUAUGAGGACAAGAUCCGGCAAAUGCCGUACAGAAACUUUGGGAGAACUGGUCUUCAAGUCUCAUUGUUAGGAUUCGGUGGUUCUGAACUGGCAUUUUGCCAUGGUACACCCAAAGAGGAAGAAGGUAUUAUGACAGUGGUUGAAGCCAUCAAGAGUGGCAUCAAUUACAUCGACACAGCGCCUUACUAUGGUCAUGGAAAAGCAGAAACUGUUCUGGGAAAGGCCUUGAAGCGUUUGCCACGUAAUGCCUAUUUUAUCGCUACCAAGGUGGGAAGGUAUGGUCCCAAUGUGGAGGAGUUGUUUGAUUUCUCUGCUGAUCGUAUCACUCGCAGUGUGGAAGAGAGCCUAAUUAGACUUGGGCUUGAUGCUGUUGAUGUCUUGUUGGCUCAUGACAUUGAGUAUGCCGCCAGCACAGACAUCAUUGUUAACGAAACUCUCCCUACUCUCCAAAAGUUGAAAGAUGCUGGUAAAACUAAGUUUAUUGGAAUCACAGGGUACCCUCUCAGGUUACUAAAAGAGGUGUUGAUGAAAAGUUCUGUUCAAAUAGAUGUCAUUUUAUCUUACUGUCGAUGCACUUUGUUUGAUGAUACGCUGAAAAGUUACAUACCUUACUUUAAAGAAAAAAAUGUGGCUGUGGUGAGUGCUGCAGGCCUGGGAAUGGGUCUCCUAACAAAUGGUGGUCCUCCAGAUUGGCAUCCUGUUGAGGUGGAAAUAAAAGAAGCAUGUCGUGAAGCUGCAGAGUAUUGCUCCGCUAGAAAUGUAAAUAUUGCCAAACUUGCAGCCCAUCAUUGCUAUGUUCAACCUGACAUUAAUGUUCAUCUGAUAGGAAUGGAGAAGAAACAUCUCUUAGAAGUGAAUUUGGACACCCUUUUCAAUGGGCUCACUCCACAUGAAAUGGCGGUAAAGGAAGAAAUUUUUCAAAAAUACUUUUCACCCCUUCCAAAGAACCAUUGGGAAGAUAAGGAUGUUAUUAAGUACUGGGAAGAGCUGAAAAAAGUAUCCUCUUCGAGAACUUCACCUACAUGAACAUACUCCAGCCAUUGUACUGCUCUCUUCAAAGUGGUGCCUGUUAUAUUUGUACUGAUGAUGGGAAUUAAUUCCUUGCAAUUCAAAUAAUUGAAGCUGCUUUGUAUUUUCAGCUGUAUGAUGUCCCAAUCAAUUUUGUAAUUAAUAAUUUACAUUGUUGCAACUGUUGAAAAAUGUGCAAUUGCUCAAACGUUAUUUAUUGUAUAUGUGUAUACAGUUCAUGAGAAUAAUAAAUAAAAUUUAAUUUA